ACAGGAGAGUUUCCAAAAGGUGAAAGGCGGGGAGAGGCUGUGCUCACUCUUCUGAGAGUUAACAAAGCCCACAAAUCAUCAGGCAUCACCUUCUUUGUGAUACUUUGGUGUGUGAGUCCAUUGUCAACUGUUGGAUUCUGCAUUCUGUGGCACUGGCAACUGAAAACUUGGGGAAAAGAAGCCAUGCCAAAGCUAAAAGGGAAACCAAAACCUAAAGCCAAUUCAGAUACCUAUAUUCUUGAAAAGUUUCUGCAAACUUAUGAAAAGCACUGUACAGCAUCCCAAAGUUGUGUCAGUCCAACUAUCAAACAGGGCUUACGGAAAUGUAUAGCAAAUGACAUGUUAAUUACUAAGUUCGUGCUUACAAAUGUAGAGACCUUAUCCAGAAACCUGCAUCCAGUUUCUCUCACUCCUUUACUUAGGACUAUCCGAGACGAACGGUAUCGGUUGGGGAAUGAGCUCUGUAUCUGGGGAAUUAAGCUAAGUCCUCAAGAUAUUGCAAACCUUGCAAUCUUACUAGAACUGGAUGGACGUACCAUCUAUCCAUUUUCCAAAUUAGAAAUAAUGCAUCAUGUGUUGGACCUUUGGACUACGGAGAGACUUGGAAUGGCUCUGCCUUACAGCAAUCUGAGUUCUCUUGUUUUGGAUUACUCCAAAUGUGGUGAUAAUGGUGUCAAUAGACUUACUUCUGGAUUAGAUGGGAACAGAAAGCUUUUAAUUCUGAGUCUGUGCUACUGUGAUUUAGGACCCAAAAGUGGAUCAAUGUUAGCAACUCUUGUAAUCCAAACUGCCAUUUGCGACUUGUUCCUUAAUGGUAACCACUUGCAAUGCCUGGGUGCCACAGAACUCCUCAGACCAAUAGCAGAGUAUGCAGAAAACAUAGGACAAGAAAAGAAAGGAAAUGCUUUAUUCAACAAUGAUACUGCUCACCACCUCCUUGAAGCAAACAAAGAUGCAGUUAUUCAUUCAAAAGCUGUAAGUCUAAAGGCUACUUCCAAGAAAAAUAAUUUUAUCACACUGGAAAACCCUGAGAAGAAAAAGAAAAGAAAAGGCUUAAAGAAAAAAAGUAAGAAACCUGACUCUGGCCCAUGGUUAGCUAAACUGCAUUUGGCUGAUAAUGCCAUUGAUGGAAGAUUUAAUCAAAGAGAACAAAACAUCUGGGAGUUCAUUCAGCUUUUGACAUGUCUGAUCAGGAACUCUGACCACCUAGCGGAAGUUGAUAUCAAUGGCAAUGCUAUAGGAGAACAAUGUGCAGUCAAGAUAUUGGAAGCUCUUAAGGACCGAAAGAAAGAUGAAAUGCCAAACUUAAACAUUAAGAUAACCCCCCAGAUUUCAUCAAUGACCUUUAGGGAAAUUUUCAAGAGCUGUUCAAAAAUCAAUACAGCAAUAAAGAGAAAGAAAAAGAAAGCCAAGUGAUUAUAAAGUCUUCAUUUACCUUCUGAAGAAAUUGGGUUCAAAGAAGUUAAUAUACAUCAAUUCCUUCC